AGGUCUUCCUGCUUGGACGAACGGUGUGGGCCGAUUAAACACCUACCCUGAAGGUUGAGGUCUGUGGGUUCAUGAAGCUCUUCGGCACUCCCAACCGUGAGGACCAGGCCUUGGAGGCCAAUACGCCGAGGUCGGGAUCAGGUGGCUCCCAGACGUCGAAGACUUCGAAUGACAGCCCAAGCUUUGGGCAGAUGAAGCUGGUCAUCAAGAACACGUUUAUCGGUGGCUACGACGAGGCCGUGGACGACGACCCUCCGAGGACCUUGGCACGAUCGGCGAGCGACAGCAAGCUUGAUUGCCAAUCCAGUGCGAGCUCCGUGGUCUUUUGGUAUCCUCAGCGUGGCGCGGGCUCCAUGAGCCAAUCCUCCAGCGUGGCCUCUCGGAGCGACGCCGGGGAUGAGAGAGACGAAGCCUUCGAGCCUUACCACUCGGAAGCGUUCUCUUCCCACAUGGCUAUGCCGUACAAUCAACAAGAUGUCCCUCUUCACAUUCCUGGGAGGCCAAAUCAAAUGCCCCAGGUGCCCGUUCCUGCACAAAUGCAGAUGCCACAGGGCUACGGGGGCUUGCAAAGGGAUGCCCUCCCACGCCGACCCCCCGGAACCUUUGACCAGAACGAGCCCGGCGCUGGGUUUCCAAUGGUUGCCCAGGUUGCCCAGCCGUCAAUGCCACCGCAGCCCGUUCGGGACUUUCGCCCGCGUGAGGAACCCUUAGAGCCGAUGCCGCGGUUGACACCGCCACCCAACUUCGACUCCACCGGGAGCAUGGCCCCCCUGAGUAUGGGCGAGGGUAUGGCUCCGCGGUCCACACAGGAACUGGAGCUGUUGAAGAUGCGUGCCAGCAAGAUGCAGGCGGAGGUGGGAGGUCUUCAGCCUUCUCAGUUGGCACAGCUGCAGCUUCAGUUGCAAAAUGAAAUGAUGCAAACCACCAGGCUCGAUGCGCCGCCCAUGAGCAUGAUGCCAGGGGGAGUGCUCAAACCUGCUUCCGAGUUUUCCACGGCCCAGGCUUCUGCGGACAGGUCCAUGCAGUUCGCCUCUUCCGAUGUGGCCCAACAGCAAUUGCGCCACCAGUUGAUCGAGUCCCAGAUGCAGCAGGUCCAGUUGCAACAGCAAAUGCAGCAGCUGCAAAUGCGGCAACAGCAGCUUCAGCAACAACUCUCCACGCAAGGUGAGGAGGAUGCCAUGUUGGCGCAGGUCCCCUUCAAUGACGAAGGUGAGAGGGCGUCCUUUGGGAGCCGACUCCACCCAGAUUCCUGCAAUCCCUGCAUCUUUUGGUUCAAGGAUAAGGCGUUGUGCAACAAGGGCGUCAUGUGCGACUUCUGCCACUUCCGUCACCCAGGCCAAAAGAACAAGCGGAUCCGACCCUCCAAGAACACUCGCUUGCAGAUGAGGGCUGCUCAGGCAGCAAAGGCGCAGAACUGAGGAGCGUGCCAACCCUGAUGUCGGGUGACAGGGUUGGAUACCGCCACCUGAUUGGGAUUUGUGCAGACCCUUUGGUUUGUCAAGAUCCUUGGCGGAGCCUGGACUGUGCCAGCUGUCCAGGGUGUCGGAUGUCAAGAUCACUCGGCUUGGCAGCCUUUUUUUUCCAAUCCAUGUGGAUGGAACACCCUGGAAUUGUUGGCCGGCUCUGCGCAGGGUAGGAAGUCAUUGAAUAGAUGCGCACGAGUUCAAACCUUGUGCGCACAAUGUGGCGGCAAGCACACCCACCCACUUAGAGGAGUGGAGGGAAUGCCGCUAAAUCCUGGAGAGGUGCAGCAGUGCUAACAAGGCAAAAAUCUGUGGCAUUGCUCUGGGUUCUUCAGAAGGGUGGCUGCAGGUCCUUCGAGUGUCUGAUUGCUUCAAGUGGCUUUCCUGAUCUCGGUUUCUUUGGCGA